ACGGUCGCAGGUUUUCACGUCGGGGAAUUCAAAUCUCAUCUCACCUCUUUGGCGUUCUUUAUAUAUACUCCAGUAUCCUUUCAACGGUUGCUGCUGUAAUUGGCCUUCUUUGCUUGAAAACAUUCCAAAUGUUAGACAUGAGCUAAGGAAGGCGUGUGUGAUAAAUGCCCUGAACCAACUUUAUCUACGCUUGCGAAGAAGAGCCGGAAUCGGAGGGAUCGGUAAGUGAUGUUUGCAAGCACACUAUCCUCGCGACACCUCGCUUGUCCAGGCGUGCUGUCCGAGACGAAGUGUCCAUGCAAGGUUCCUUUAUUCCGGUGAAAAUAAGUAGUGCAUAAAUAUGAGCUAAUAGUAAGACAAUAAGAUAAUAGCAUUACGUCAACCUGGGAUGUUUUUGUAAGAUUUUUGUUGUUCCCUCAACUACACACUGCCGUUUUUCAAUAGAAAACUGACUUGAUUUGUUAUUAUUGGGAGCCAUUAUUUCGUCGCCUUACAAUGUUUAGGCUGCAAGCUCGUGGAGCUCUUAAUACUAUGCUUAAGGCUCGUGCGCGCUCUGAACUUUGUUUCGGCAUGUAAAAGUGCGGUUAUGUGUUAAAAUGUAUUUCUACCUGACUAGUGUAUUUCCAUGCGUUUGUUUACUGUAGUAUUAGGUAUUACUAGAAUAAACUACGUCGCGAGAGUUUGAAUCCUACCUUAAUGUAAUAAGAAAAAAAUAUUUUGCCAACUCCACCAAACUGUUUAAUGCUCAUGUAAAGUCAAUCCGCUCCUCAGGUCCUGCGAGCGUAAUUGCAUUAGCUAACUUAACACUCUUGAGUCGUUUCCCAAAGACAGUGCUCUGCACUAUCACAGGAUAGCAGCUGCUAUAAACAGAUUCUUUAAGCUCUGUAAGGUCCUCGACACAAAGGUUCAGAUCUAAACAAAGCAAGGUUGGAAUAUAUCUUAGAAAUGUGUUUGCAAAGACGAAGCCAUGAUUAAAGUGGGUCCCAAGAAUCUAUAGAGCCAGAAUGCUGCUCAUUAAUCAACCCCAGUGGGAGUAGGCACUGAUGCUCAUCUUGCCAGACUUAUAUACCCAUAUUAAACAGAUGGCCUCCAAGACUAAAUAACAUUUUUAAGUCAUGUUAUUCUGCCUUCAAUAAAGUACACUUAAUCAGAACUUGGUGUAUUAGGCCUAAAAUCAACAGUCAAGGCAAUUGCCCUCUCUGAAAUUGUUUUGGAAAGGUCUGGAAAGGUCAAAUAAAAACCAAUAUUACUGUCUUCCGAUGACUCACGCCAAAAUUCAGGUGUUCCGGAAUGCUUACUUUUAUUAGACUGAGUGUGUCUUAAGAAGGCAGGUGAUUAUUUCUGAUAGAAGUGUGACAGUGUUAUAAACCUUUAUGUUGGGAUGCAGACUGUGGUAUCAGAUGUGUGUGGGACCGAGCUGCAAUGUGGCAGGGAGGGGCACAGCCUGCUUAUGUGUGAGCUGUGUAGCCUGAGUCAGAAAUCUACAGAACAUUCAUUGACUAUGCAUGCUUGUGUUGGAAAGGGGGGUUGGAGGGAAAGAAAGCGAGGCAGAGGCAGCUGCUGUCAUCUUCCUAGGCACUAGUUGCAUCAUUAAUAGAUGCUAUCAGCAGAACUUUUUUCUGCUAAGAUUUAUUUGUUGUUUGCUAAGAUCUAUUCCACAGACUUCAGUAAAUGUAUAGUUUUAUUGUGCACAUGGUUGAUCUAUCCCACAGACUUCAGUAAAUGUAUAGUUAUAUUGUGCACAUGGUUCUAUAUCACUAGGGUACAAAGUUGUGUACUGGUUACACAGGAAGUUUGAAGACUGUAGACCAAAGGAAGUGAGCUCUGUUGCAUCGGAGCUCUCUGUGGCUUUCACUGUGACACACAACUGUCUUUUUGAGUCACCACAGGCAACAUGCUUUGUAAACAACACUCUUUUUUGGUAGUUUCUUGAAAUGUACACAUCUUGAAAUGUCCAUAUUUCUCUCCAAGUAGUCCAGUUUGGAACAUAUUUGAAAGUCUUUUCUGGUAGUGAUUUGACUGUUUAGAUUCUUUCAUCCCCUUUAGAAUUCUCCUGUUGCCUGGCGACCUUUACUCCAGCUGUAGAAUUCUCCUGUUGCCUGGCGACCUUUACUCCAGCUGCACGAUGGGGUCGUAUCGGCGGCCCAGGCCGCGUUUCAUGAGCUCACCAGUGCUGUCAGACCUGGCGCGCUUUCAUGCCAGCUCACCAGCACUGCAGCUUUCCAAUGCUAGUGUCUGGAACAGUGUCCAAAUUGCUGUCAUCAAAGUCUUCCAAGGAGGAGGGCUCCAGACCAAUGAGCUGCACAGUCUGAAUGAAAGCAUCAGGUGGCUUCAAAGGACAGAACUGGGAUCCUUCAUGCCUGAGUACUUUCAGGAUCAGCUCUUGAACAAAGGCCUGGUACAUGUAUUGGAAAAAAUUCAGCUUCAUGAAUAUACAGACUGGCUCCAGGCUCUAUCUGAGGUGUGGGUAGCAUUUUUCACUGAAAUCCUGCCAACACUUCAAGCCAUAUUCUACCCUGUACAGGGCCAGGAACUGACUGUAAGGCAAAUGGCUCUGCUGGGUUUUAGGAACCUAGUCUUGCUGAAGCUUCCUCUGAAGAAUAUGCUGCAUACUGCCUCUUACCCCCCUGCCAUAAUACAGAUGCUGCUCAUAUUACAAGGGAUUCAUGAACCUGGUGGGCCUAGUAAAGAAUACUACCUUCUCGAGAGCCUAGUGGAUAUGGUUAUCUCGCCCUACCUGAGUAACUACCUCUCUGUGAGCCAAAUGGAUUCAUUUUCAGAAUGUCAGCUGGAGCAGUCCAAAUUGGCAACCAUUCCACACUUUGGCCAGCCAGAAAUCACGGUCACACACUUUGCUCAAGAACCGCCGCUGGCACCUCUUGUCGAGCAUGAGGGUGAGGCCUAUCUGGAGAGGACUGGGGGCGUACGUCGUCACACGGUCGCCAACGCCCACUCAGACAUCCAGCUCCUCUCCGUCAUGAGCAGGAUGCACCCAGGCGAUGCCAGCGCUGUCCGGGCAACUAAGGCAGGGAAAGGUGGGUCUCCCAGGCCUUGCUGCAGUGAACCAGUCACCAUCCUGGACACGCCGACCGCUCCAUCAGGAUCCCUGAGACACCAGAGCACUGCUGAGAUGACCUGUGAACUGACCAGCUAGUGUGUCCUGGAGGGCACAGGAGUCCUCCCAGAAUGACCCACUUGCCCAGAGAAGUGUCCAGUGGAGUUACACUCAAUUAACUUUGUGAAUAAGUGGAUUGUAUGGGUAUUUUUAAGUGUACUACUUUUUGGACAUAAAUUGGCACAAUUAAUAACUUUUAUCAAUUAUACUGAAAAAGUGGACUAAACAUGUGCAGAGCAGCUUUCAUCUCCAUCCAAAAGCAACAUCUACUUACAACUUCCUUCCAUGAUUCCUCUUGUAAAACACCUGCAUACAUGAACAGCCACUUUUUACUUCAUCACAGUGGCUUGUUCAGUGGAACAUUCAGUGUAUGACGGACAGGAUGCUCUAAAGAUGGAAUGGAAUUCAUAAUAAGCUUAGGUGUCUUCUGUACUGUGCACUAAGGGGCAUGCUCUUUUUCCACUGAGAAAAUGGCAAAGCUGUGUGGAAUUUGUCCUGCUGAGCUAACAUGGGCAAUAGUGUGUUAGCUAAACUCUCACUCAGCUUUCAACUUCAUGGAGUAAAGGACUCGAGUGCACUGAUUUACCCUCCUAUAUGAGCUGAGCCUUUUUAUUCUCUAGAUAAUUUUGAUGGUGGACUUUCGUAUAUUGACCUACAGACCUGGGAGCCCUCAGACUCGUUUUAUUUCAAACAUUUUCAUAUUUGAUAUAGCAGUAGUCUAAAUGUUUCUUGCUAGAACUGUGUUUAGUAAUGUUUACAUCACUGUAUAAUUUUGUAGUAAUAAAGUAAUUGGGUUAUUCUGUAA